CCGCCUUGUCCUUUCAUUGACACACCGCAAGAGGGCAGCACUCGACCUUCGUAAAUUCGAGAAUGGACAGUUCAGAGUACGAAUUGUUCCGCAACAUGACGCUUCUAUUCUUCUUCGAACGUCUGAUGGACAAAGGAGGACCUCGGACUUUGCACGACCUAAGUUGCCAAUUCGGAGCGAAAGGGUUCACGAAGGAAAUGAGGCAGAUAGCAGGGGGAUCCCGAAGUGGCCUUAAGAAAUUCCUGUCCCAAUACCCAGUCUUGUUCCUUAUCGACGGUGAUUACGUGAACGUGAACUCCUUUCAGACCAUCGCCGAGGAGGACAAUGGGUCUAAAUCUUCAGCCAAAAGAGAUUACGCCCAGGAAGCUGUCGAGUACUUUUCCAACAAACUCAUGCAAUAUGGAGCGGGAACGGAAGUGCCGAUUAGGAGCCUCCUGGGUCAUAGGUCACAGGCUUCCCCCGAGGUCAGACAUAUUUCCGGACAGCACUACAAGGAGUUCAGAGACUUCCUUACGAGAUAUCCGGACUCUUUCUUGGUCACCGAUGAUGAUAACAUCAUCCUGAAGCAGUACGAAGGGAUGAAGUUCGAGUCCAUCCACCAAGCUGAACCGGAAAUAUCGAUUGAUCCCGAUCUGACCUCUGAGUUACUUCAGGUCUGCACGCGAUACAUCGAGGAAAGGGGACCAGCACUCGUCGACCAGCUCUUCAACGCAGUUACCGACAAAAUCCCGCACAGCUCUUGGGCUCCGAUCUGCAAAACGCCGCAAGACUUAUCGACCUUCCUGAAGAUGUUCCCAGACUCGUUCCACAUCCAACGGAAUCUCGUCACCCUUGUCAAGCGACUGAAAGUGUACAGCGCCACCGACGGAGAGAAGCCGAAGCAUAUGAACGUCGAGACGCAACACACCAGCUCCCAAAAUCAAAUUUGCAUACAGAGUCAAGAUACGGAGAGCCAGGAUGCGUCUUGUAACACUUCUCCGUCGCAUUCUAUCACCGAUGGCCAUCCUCAGUCCCAUAACUCGAUGCCGUUGCAAGUUUCCCAGUCCCUUAAGCAAAGGAUUAAUAUGCUAGUUAUGAAGACCCUUGUAGAUAACACCGAUAAGGACCGCAGUAUUCAGAGCGCUCAAGUCGGCGAUGCUUGGAAGCUCAGGGUCCUUCAACAGACGAGAACUGUUAGCAACGCGAAGGAAUGCCUUCAGAUUGUCACUGACAUCAUGAAUCCCCGGAAAACGCCACCUGAUGGGAAAAAUGUUAUCUCUUUUGAUUGCGAAGGCAUUAAUCUGGGAUUCAAAGGACAACUCACGCUUGUACAGAUCGGGACCAUGCAAGGAUGUGCUUAUGUCUUCGAUUUGCUGACUUGUCCUAAUCUGAUGCAAGCAGGGGGACUGCAAAGCCUACUUGAGAGCGAGGAUGUCAUUAAGGUUGUUCACGACUGUAGAAACGACAGCGUGAAUUUAUUCACCCAAUUUGGCAUCACAUUGACGAACGUCUUCGAUACGCAGGCGGUGCAUGCAGUACUUCAGUUUCAAGAAACCGGGAAGCCUGUCUACAAAGUGAAGAACGUCAAUCUCAAUGCACUUUGUGAAUUGUACAAUGCCCCGUGCAAUCCUCUGAAGGAGCAGCUCAAGAACAUUUAUCGGAGAGAUCAGAGAUAUUGGGCCCGAAGGCCUUUGACUCGAGACAUGUUGAUAUAUGCAAGUUGCGACGUAUUGAGUCUUGUUCCACAAAUAUACACCACCAUGUCUAG